GUUGUUCCGGGAGGUUUGGUAACAAUUUGGAGAAGGGUCAGAGACACAAGGUGGAGAGCACGUGUGCCUACGUCACGGACAACACCCCCGUCCGGCCCACCGACGUCACAGUAACAGCCUGUUCAGGUCACACUGCCGAUCUGACCUCCGAUUAAUGUUAACUUUACAGCUUUGCCGAGCUGGUACAGAUACAGACAAUCGGUAGCACGCCGGGACCUUAGAGCUAUAGGUCGGAUAUUUCACUGUAACACGAUUUUAAAAGAAUUAUAAUAAGAGUAUGUUGGCUGCUUAAAAACGAAAAAGAUGGCACAGAAAGACACGCUACUACAUCUCUUCGCCGGGGGAUGUAGUGGUACAGUGGGAGCCAUCGUGACCUGCCCCUUGGAGGUCUUGAAGACACGGUUGCAGUCCUCUGGCCUGACCCUCCGGCCUAUCUUCCAGGUCCACCUGGGCACGUUAAGUGGAACUAGUGUCAUCCGACAGGGCACAGUUGCACCUGGGCUGCUGCAGGUUCUACGAUCAAUUCUUGAAAAAGAGGGGCCAAGAUCACUUUUCCGUGGCCUGGGGCCUAACCUUGUUGGUGUGGCCCCCUCAAGAGCCAUUUACUUUGCUGCAUACUCAAAAUCUAAAGAGAUUUUCAAUGGGCUGUUUGUCCCUAACAGCGGAAUGGUGCACAUGUCCUCUGCUGGUGUUGCAGCUUUUGUUACCAACUCUCUGAUGAACCCCGUCUGGAUGGUCAAGACAAGGAUGCAGCUGGAGAAAAAAGCCAGAGGAGAGAAGAAGAUGAAUGGACUGCAAUGCGCUCGCUAUGUUUACAAAACAGAAGGAAUCAGGGGCUUCUACCGAGGCCUGACGGCGUCUUAUGCCGGCAUCUCAGAGACCAUGAUCUGUUUCCUCAUCUAUGAGACACUGAAAAAACACCUCGCCAACAGCCAGUUCACCUCCCCGGUUGGUAAGAAGGAGAAAGGUGCGUCGGACUUCCUGGGCCUGAUGAUGGCAGCUGCUUUUUCAAAGGGUUGUGCAUCCUGCAUAGCCUACCCACAUGAGGUCAUUCGAACAAGGCUGCGUGAGGAAGGCAGCAAGUACAAGUAUUUCUUCCAGACAGGGAGGUUAAUAGCGGUGGAAGAAGGCUACGCGGCUUUUUAUAGAGGACUUGUUCCACAGCUAAUCAAGCAAAUCCCUAACACAGCUAUAGUCCUGUCCACCUAUGAACUCAUUGUCCAUCUGCUGGGAGACUCCAAAUGAAGACAUGCUUCAACUUUGGGGUUUUCCUGACAAGCGAUGGUUGGUACACAAAUCCCAUGACGCACUGGGCAAGGGACCUUUGUAAAAGCAGCAUAUACAUUUUUGACAUGGUGCUGCAGAGACAUUUAUGAUGGAACUGAAGCAGGUUGUUUUGUUAUCCAAAUAGCUGUAUGCAUUAUUUUAUUGAAUGCUUGCUGUUCAGAGUUUAUUGGAGUAAUUUGAAAAGUUGUGGUACCAACUAAAACUUCAAACCUGUGAAAUAGGUCAUCUCUUAGAGGACUAGUGUUAACUAAAUUAUUUUAGGUUUUGUUAUUUUAUGAUGUAUUUGUUUUGUUUCCUCUCUUCAUGACUCUGCAGGUUGACUCGGUUAAUAAAGGGAAGUAAUUUCACAACUUCAUGCUGGCAAUAAUGCUGUUCCUUGAAAUGACAGCAUGAUGACUUUUAAACUGGUUACACAAUUAUAAUGCCCUGGUUUUGAAGUUUGAAUUAAAGAGAUUUUUCAUUAAUAUAUACAAA